AUGGCUAACAAGGCAGCGGUUACAUUUGAGAAACCCCUGCAGCAUUUGAGUCUUGCAGAUUGGCAGUCCCGAUUGAACCAGUUGAAAAAUGUGGCUUAUGCCCAGCGGUCGGAUGCAUUUGAGUUACGACACAGUGCCCGCAACCUGCGUAAUGAAACCCGCAUAGAGACGCAUUGGGAUACGUAUCAUAACAAUGAUCGGAUGUCGGAUCGGGUGGCAGAGUUGGAUCGGUGGCGUGAAACUAUGCGCAUCAUGCUACGCCGGGUUGUCGAAGAGAUCCAGGCGCUCAAGGAGGAGAAGGCCAAUACCGAACGGGAUCUGGACGCGCACAUAACGCCUUUGACAGUGGUGACCGAGUGCAUAGGCAUGCGGGACUGCCGUUUAGGCUCAGAACUAACAUAUGACGAUGGCGAUACCGAGCUGAAGAACGAGCUGUGCAUUGUGGAGAACAACCAGCGGUUGCUACGUGACCAAAACCAAGCCGCCUGGGAGCAGCUUAAUCGACUACAAGAAGUCAAGUUCAAGCUGGAGCUCGACCUUACCGAUAAGGAUGAGGCACAGGCGAUUGAUUCUCAUCAGCUGCAGGUGAACCAGCACUGCGGCGACGUUACUUUCAAGACGGACCCGACACGCGUGCCCAGAGACUCCUGUACGUACGGCAACUGGCUACAAUACUGCGAGGAACUGGUAAUGCUAACCGAGAAUGUCCUAUCUGAUUCAUUCUCUAUCCGCGAAUCAUUGUUUGCGACUCGUGAGAAAGCUCGCAACAUUCUUCGAUCUCAGCAGGAUCGUACGGCCCAUACGCUCCGGAAGCGUAUCUUCGAAACCCAAAGGGCACGCAAUGAGCUUGAAUAUCAGCUUGGCAAGAUGAAGGAAGAGAUGGAAAAAUGUCUCCGGGAAAUCGAAACACUUGAACGGGCUUAUGACGAUAAGAUCCAAGCACUGAAAGUGGUAGAAACUAGGUUGGAGAAUCGUGCACAAAGGUCAGGUAUGGAGCUUUGCAUCGAUGAUUCUUACCAUGGACUGCGUGAGGAAGUUCAGAGGUUACGCGAUACAAUCAGAACGAUGCGAGAGAAGAUUGACACCGCCAAGACAACGUUCAAUGGCCUGCGGGAUCACGCUAACAAGAUCGACCAGGAUUUGCAGAACAAGCAACAUUCGCUGAUGACCGACAUUCGUGCAUUGGAUUUACGCGGGCGUCUUAAGACUGGCGAGUUCGGAGGGCUACCGACACAAACUGAUCGCAACAUUCAUCUGUCACGCAUUGAAGACGAAAUUCCUAAAACGUAA